AUGGCAGCACCAACACCUUCGCCGGCUUCGAACGACCAGAAGUUGCCCUUGCUAGGUUUGGACGCCAGCGAGAUAUCGUUCGGCCGGACGACCGAAGCUGGAUCUGAAUUCUAUGCCGAGACCUCUUCGACAUACAACAGGCGAAGGCCGACUACCUACCGCAUACACAGAUACGGCAAGCGACCUGAUGACACGCGCCGCAGCGAGCCAAGCCACAUUUCUGGUGUGUCUUGGAGCGAUGUAACAUCCACCCUGCCCGUUUUGGCUUUCGACAUCAAUGGCGACCAGCUCACAAACUUUUAUGUGGAUACCGCUCAGCCUUCCCAAACUAUCGAUUCUGCUUUCGCCCUUGCCCGCCGCCUGGUGAAGAAAGACUAUCCCGACCGAUUCUACCGUAUUCAGGGUCAGCCGCCAGGAUGGAAUGCGCAGGACGAGCUGUUAGCAGCCCGAGUGGCCUGGACGGAAGAGAUGAGAGAUGCCUUUCUCGUUCAGAUCGAGGGUACAAGGCUCACGGGAGUACGCUGGACGGACGUUCUGGAAAGUAUCCUCAAGCAUGUCACUCAAGUCUUGUUCGACCACGACGACAGAAGAGUCCCCUUUGAUCGAUUCAAUUUCCAAAUUCCCUCGAACAAUAUCAAGAUAUUGGCUCGCGUCAUCGAGAAGCGCACUCGAUGCCCUGGGAAAGGCAUUUUCAAUCCCAAACCGGAUGAACUGGAACCAGACCUGAUCAAGGAAGUGGCGGACGCUAUCAGGUCGAAGUACAGUAUCCUCAUUCUGUAUCCGCUAGCAUACUAUUCUUUCGACAGAAACCCGCAAGAGGAACUCGAAGCCUGGGUAAUCUCAGGCUUCGUCGAAUUAAGAAAAUGUACCACUGUAAGCGAUUAUUGUCACAGGAACAUUAGAUUGGGAGAUGGGAAGUACUCGUUGAUGAACCGUGUCUCACAUGCGAUCAUCCGGUCUUUCUCUUAUCUAGAUCUUGAUCGAAUCUUCUUUACUUGUACAAGCUGGACAACCUCUGUCAUCGAGAUGUCUCUACUCAGCCACAAAACCCUGGAAUCGCCUCCGGACAUCCUCUCAUACCAGGUCUUUGAUCCGAUACGAGAUUGUAUUCUUGGUCAGACCGGGCUCGAUGGUUCUCCUCACCCACAAUCUACCAGUACCUUAUCGCGAGACAUGAAUUCAGGUACGACAAGCGGUCUACUGGCGGAUGAUGCCUCGGGGCGUAGAGCGAUGAUUGUCUACGCACGGGACACCAAUUCUACGAACGGUAUUCCAGACACUGACACAGCAAUCUUGCGAUGCGAGUUCUCAACGCGGGAAGAUGCUCUGUGCCAUCUUACCUUCACUCAAGAUAGCACUUCUAUGGAUCAGCUGGGAGGCCUUAACCACGCUAAAACGACCAUCGAAUCGGAGUUUCCAGAUCUGACUGGAGUCAUUUCGAAGAUCCAGGCAGAGAUAGACAAAACUCAAGAGCAAUGCCUAGCAGACAAAAUCGCAGGGAAGUUUCGCCAGAUGACAGAGGACUCCGAUUUUGCGGAUCUACCAGCCUUCAGCGAGGAUUGCCUUCUCAAGGUUAAGGAAAGCCUUCAAAAGGUAAUUUUCGAUGGGGACAAAUACAAUCAGUUCAAGGACCGCGCUGUGCUUGCGCGUGGUGAAUUGACUGUCCCAGAGUUAGGCGCUUUCAAGAGAAAGGGCACAAGGGCUGACACAGUGAAACGUGCAGUACAAGCUUUCUGCUGCAUUAUGCCUGACAUAGCAGUAGAAGAUCUUGGCGCUGGGAACCGCGUGGACCGUCUAUGGCGGCUAGUUGUCCCGCUCACGACUGCCUCAUUUUCAGUCAAGACGAAGCCUCGAGCGACGGCCGCAAGAAGUUCCAUUUUGAUGUGGCUAUUCUUGCGAAAAUGGCUCUUGCGCAUAGUGGAGCCUUGUGAUGCCAUACAUGCAACAAGCGAUGGUAAUGUCUUUGGAGCUCAGUCAUUUUUUACGGUCCCCAAGUUGUCCCAGGAUAGGGGUUUGGCGCCUGUGGAGUUCCCGCAACCUACUGUAUCCGAUAUUGUCCGAAUCGUGUCAGAGGGAGCGGAAAACAUUUCUCACCAAAAACUCUACGCUCAGUGA